UCGACAAGAUCGUUUUUCUCCACGAUGGUCGGCGAAUGUGCCGUGGAUAUGGAGUUUUUGCAAGACUCCUAGUUUUUCGCGUUGACAAUAGACCUAAAUUUCAUGUAUGUAUCGUGAUAAUGUGCUAUUAAAAUAGAAAAACAAUCCUACAUGAAUAAUAACACAAUUUCUCAACAAUCUUGUUUAGUGUGGUGACAAUAAUAGUGUUUGAAUGUAUGAAUUCAUUAUUAUCAAAGUGUGCUGUUUCUCCAAAGAGUGUUUAAUUGCUGUGGCUGUCAAUUGUAGGAUGCUUUGAAUCAUUUCAUGUUUGUUUUUAGCAUUAAUCUUCGAGUGUGUCUAUGAAAAUACUAUUUUUUCUUAAACAAGUUCAUUAAGGAUAGAGUGAAUAGAGCUGUCGAGACAGAAUUUCAUACUGGUUCUUUUUGCCGAGAGCAGCUGAAGAAAGUUGAAAAGAAAUUGAUUAUAGUGAAGUUUAAGUUGUCGUGCGAUGACUAGAUCAAGGACCAGUAGUACAGGAUAGACGCCAACAAGUUUCUGAUGCUGUGACCCACGUUGAAUGUGGAGUACGAUCUCGCGCUUGUUCGCCAAGCCAAGGUCGUCGGUUAGAACACCGGAACCGGGUGAGGAAGCCGCAGAGGAAAGCAGUCAUCAGGAUCCUAAGUGUAAGAUUAAAAACGGCGAGCCUCUGGCCGACUUGGCUGUCCAUGUUUUCGAAUCGAUGGACUUUAACAUGGGAGAUGAUCGACGUAAGGGUCCAGGCGACCAGCAGUCACAUGCUGGUGAUUCUGAACACUUUUCUGAGGCUUAUGAUGCUAAACAGGCCAAACAACGUGCCUCCGUGAAAUGGCUCCUCUCGAAGGCGUACAACAAUCGCGUGCCAGACAACCUCAAAGAGCCAUAUUAUCGUGAUCUAGAGGAUCAAGAACAUCUCAAACCUCAAAUCGUCCAUGCACUUUCAAAUGCAGAACUUUAUUGCUUGGCAUUGGCGAACAUUUAUUCAGAUCCCAAUUAUCACAAUCAGAACCACUGGGGGAUCUUGCAAGCACUCGCGAGAAAAGGAGUUUAUGUUGCGGAGCCAAAUAAUUCUCAACUUACAGAAACUAUUUUAAUCCAGAAUUCACCACUAAAAAUGUCUGCACAUAUGGCUGUGAUAGAAGGCCUGAUGGUCUUGUACGCGAAGGAAGUAGUAACAAGCGACCGAGUAGUUGCGGCAAUUCGACGUUUUGACCCUCAAGCAUACGUUGAAAUGCCUAGUGACCAUGAGAAGGGUCUUCUACUGUGGAUAAGUCACGCUUCGCAUGCUCUAAUCGGCAAGAUUCAAACGGAAGAAGGUGCAGGCGACAAGACCAGAUUGCCUGAAUUACCUGCAGCCAAAGACUUCCAAUCUUUGUGUGAUGGUGUAGGUUUAGCAGCAGUCGUGGCUUUCUAUUGUCCUGGCGAGCUUAAUUGGAUGGAUAUUAGAGUAUCCAAGAGACCGUCUGUUGCUGAUGCUCUCCACAAUCUAUCUCUUGUUCACACUUUCUGUAUGAGAUGUUUACCAUACUCUAUUUUCCAUAUGCAACCUGAAGAUGUUACCUAUAUGAGAGGGUCCAUGAAACAAAAUUUAGUAGUAUUUCUAGCAGAUAUGUAUAACGUUUUGGAGAUACAUCCUGUAAAAUGUGUACGUUAUCCUGGAGAAGAGAGAGCAAUGCAGUAUCUUGAUGAGUGCCCGCGCAAUAGUCACGGGGUAGCUCAUAAAAGAAGUCUACCACAGUCGAUAGCUCCAAUACCUGAUCUGAGAAGCAACCUCUCCGUUUCCGCGCCAGGUUUCACAGUGGCGAAACCUAUCCCAUCAAGUUCUGUAAGAAAGUCGCAGUCAUUGCAACAAACUACCGAAAGCCAUUCAUAUGAUGACAGACGGGGAGGAUCGGAGGAAAAUUUCGUCGUCCAUCGAAAUAGAGGAAUUCCAACAUUGAGUUCUGUAGCAGAUGAAAGAUAUACAAGAUCAGAAGCUGCUGGACGGCCAAGUAAUUGGGAAGAUCAGCGAAGAAGUUCGUAUGCUGGACGACGUUCACGACGAAACAGUGUUACGGAUGAUUCUCAAUUAACAAUAGAAAAUUUCGGUGGAUCUCAAGAUAAUUUACAUAAUUUUGGAUGUAUGAGAAAUCCUGAUAAAGAAUUGGUGCAUACCGGGAAACGCACUGCCACAGAACCAACGCUUCCUGUACGCUCCAGUGUCCAAGAUGCCUAUGCCAGUGACGUCCAACAUAUUCUCGCUGAUAAUGGUUAUGUCAAUGAUGAACCAACGCCAAGACUUAGGAGGCAGGCCUCCAACUCCAGUUUAAAUAACUCGAGCCACAAAAAUGUUGUACAUUCCAGUGAUAAUCAUGAUAAUACUGAUGUUGAAACCACAAAGAUGGCUAGUUUUGCGAAUCUCACACGACAAAGCUCAGAAAAGAGCAUUAAUUUUAAAUACACUGAGCAAGAUCGUGAAGAACUAGGCUCUAAAACAAAUUUUAUUUAUAAAAAACAUGGUCAAAAUAACAGUAAUGGAGUUGGAGAGAAGAAGACUACAUUUGCAACUUUGCCAAAUACGACGACGUGGCAACAACAAAGCACUCAACAUACUCAACAACUGGAACAGCAUUCAGCUGAUGAGAAUGGCGGAAACAUAAUCACGGCUUCAGAGUUGAAUAAAAUAAAAAUGGAACUCGAGGAAAAACGUAGACAAAUAGAAAAUGCAAAGAAAAAAAUGGAAGUAGUCGUAUCGAAACAACGGCAAAAAGUAGGGAAAGCGGCAUUUCUUCAAGCUGUUACAAAGGGUAAGGUAAAAUCUCCUUCCUCAUCGACAUCCGGCGGUGACAGUCCUGUGGAGCAUGGUCCUCCUACUCCACUGUCCUCUGGAUCCGCUGGCGAGACCCCGACAAGUGUCACCGAGACACCGUCGGUACCUCAACACAAUGCGCAAGAGAAACCGCAGCGUCCUUUCUCAUUCAAGGAAAUUACCGAAGAUAUCAGAGAUGUUGAACACAAGUGGCUCGGACAAGAUGGCAGUGCACCUUUUCUUGAAACUCGACGGACUCCUGACAUUGAAAAUAUGGAUCUUGAGCAAUAUCAACAAUCAAUUUCACAUUUUAGGAUGAACAGUAGCCUUAGUGAAAUCCAAGCUGACAUCCAACGUUUAGCAAGUCAACAAAAUCAAAUUCAGCAGCAACACUUGAUGACUCAACAUCAACAGCAAAUGCAACAGCAACUUCAGCAAUUACAAAGUUUGAGUCAACAACAUCUCCAAAGUUACGCCAUGCAACCAAUAACUCCUCAGCAGAAUCAAUUUUAUCUACAUGAUCAACCGCAGAGAAGAAUGUGGGGCAGAACACCACAGCAAACUCUACCCAACGAAAUGAUUGGUGCAGAAUAUCAACAGCCAGUAGAUUCGCGGUAUAGUCCUCAACACCCAGUUUAUCAACAAGACCCUCGAUUGUAUCAAGAUAUCAGGACUUGGGGUGCUCCAUCAUCUCAACAAAAAGGAUUUGUGUUACAUGAUACUUCUCAGGAACAAAGGUAUCUCAACGGAGGUGAUCACAGUCUUUGUAACAGUCAAAUGCAUCAGCCUAUUUCCAACUAUCCAUCAGCCUCUAUUUUUAAUCAAACGCCUCCUGCGACUGCUAGUCCUCAACACCGAAUCGCCGUUCACCGAAUAAGUCAAUUAAUGAACGAAAGUCCAGAGGUGAGGAAACCAACAGUUCAUCACAUACCUAUUACCUGUGAAAGUCCAACGGAAAAACGACAGAAUAAUACCACAAUCCACACACCCGUGCCCGCUCCACCAGUGGAUGACAUGGAGCCACAAAAUAUUUCCUUUAUUGGAAAUGAUGACGAUUUCGCACAAGGAAUUAAACGACUGCACAUAACAUCUGGGAGUCGAACAUACAGAAUAGCAUCACCAACAAAAACUACAAUAUCUCGAAAUUCUUUUCAACCUCAUUCAUCACUUCGAGAAGCAUCUCCGUCACCUACAACAGCACCUGAGAUAACGCCUCUUGAUUCUUCUGACGCUGGUGAAAAAGGAUUUUAUAUUUCUUUCGAUAAUGAUGCACCCAAGAAACCGAAACCUACCCUUAGAGUCAAGAGAUCGCCGAAAAAGGAGAGGGCCGUUUCAUCAUUUAUUGAAUCAGAAGACAUGACAACACGUCCUGAAUCUCCAGUCAGUGCAGUAGAGCGACAUCGUCAGCUAGAAGUCCAAAAGGAUUUAGAAAAAGAAAGGCAACGUCAAGCUGAAGAGCGUGAACAUCAGAGACAAGAAGCACGCGAUAGGGAAUUGAAGAGAGAGAUAGAUAAGGAAAGAGCUCGAGAAGAAAGACAGAGAAAUAAUAGUGAAGGUCGCCAGGGAGUUGGUUUAGUGAUUGGCAAUCAACUUGCCAAUCCUGAUCCCAAUUCCGUGGAUGAAAUGGAAAGGAAAAAAGAACGAAUUAUGCUUUUAUCACUUCAAAGAAGACAACAGCAGGAGGAGAUGAAGGAAAGAAAAGAGGCUGAAGCACAAUCAAGAAGAGAACAAGAAAAAUUGAAAGAGGAAGAACGUGCUCGAAAGAAAGAAGAAGAUCGACAGAGGAGAGCUGCAAUUUUAGAACAACACAAAUUGAAGAAAGCUAUUGAAGAAGCUGAACGAGAGGGAAAAGUAAUUGACAAAGAACUUCUUAAUGCCAUAAAACCUACUGCAAAAUUACGUAAUAAGACUGCAUCGGCUCGACCACGACCGAAAACCAUUCAUGUAGAUCAAAGCUCAGAAUUGGAUUCUGGAGCUUUGACUCCUAGUCGCGGGAAGAAAGGUUCUUCCUCUAAUCUCAGUACAGCGACGCUGAUCUCACCAACGAUGAAGCGAGACUACUUCCGAGGCUCGCAGGACACACUCACUGCUGCCCACUUUGAUGAUCGGCGAGCCGGAAUCCUCUCUAGGGGUGGCAGUCUCAAGGUAUCUUCUGUAGACUCACCUGAUGACGGUAGAGGUUGUUCUCCUUGUCGAAGCUCAACUCAACUUGGACGUCGAGGCUCUUAUAAAACAUCACGAGAUGCGCAGGAGCCUCAGCAACAGCCUAGAGGCAGGCCUAAAUACUCAACUUACCAAAACUUUAAAGGAAGAAAGUCAAAUUCGUUGAUGAAUUUGUGUGAUACGGACAGUGGUUUGGGUCGUGCAACACCACCAAGAAGAGCACCUAGUCCUGGAAUGGGCAGCACAAAACAUUUACCGUCUCCAUCUGGUCCUGGAUCUCUGCCUCCCGGUCUUAUGUCGAAGCGAAGAUUCGAUGAUGGUAGCAGUGACAUCAGUAGUACGCCUAGUUCGAUGAUGGAGUACAAUGGUCCUCGGCUCUACAAACAACCCGCAACGAAAUCGAAUCGUGGAAUAAUGUUGAAUGCUGUCGAGUACUGCGUCUUUCCUGGAACUGUAAAUAAAGAAGCUAAGAGAAGGGUAUUGGAUGAAAUCGGUAGAUCCGAAAGCAAACACUUUCUUAUCCUCUUCAGGGAUGCUGGUUGCCAAUUUCGUGCUCUUUACUCGUACUGUCCUGAUAGAGAAGAAGUCACUAAACUCUGUGGUACUGGACCUAAACAAGUCAUCGAUAACAUGUUUGAUAAGUUUUUCAAAUAUAAUUCUGGUGGUAAAUGUUUCUCUCAAGUCCACACGAAGCAUCUGACUGUAACCAUCGAUGCCUUCACGAUACAUAAUAGCCUUUGGCAAGGUAAAAAAGUGAAUUUACCAAACAAAAAGGACAUGGCGCUCGUCAUAUAGUUUUACAAAAACCUAAACUUUACCUCUAACAUUAUUAAAAAUGAUUCUGCCUCUGUUGUUUAUAGUUACUAUUUUAAUACAACCCUAUAAAAAUGCAAACGUUGCGUUCUUAGUCAAUUUUUUGUUACAGAAGAUCAUUCUUGAUCGACGAUACAUUACAAUACAAUUAUUCUUAUUUUUAAUAAGCGAUUUAUCAGUCAUUACCAGUAACAAAAAUUUUCAAAAAAAAUAUUUUUUACGAUCCGGUGUUUGUUCUUUUUCGUAUGUUUUUUUAUUUUAUAUUUCUAUAUUUACCAUUAGGUUAAAUUAAUCUGCAACACUAGUACCGAUUUGACAAUGUUGAUAAUGAGAUUAUAAAUAACAAAAUACAUUGAUAAAAAUAGGAAUUGUCUAUUUAUAACAAUUGAAAAAAUAUUUGCGGACUAACUUAUGAUAUUGACAACUAUUAUUUUUUUGAUUAUGAUAUAUAUAUAUUUUAAAAUUGUUCUUAUUGAAAUUUGAGUGCACUUUCGAUGAGUAUAUAAUAUUUAAUUACCCUAAUUAAUUUAUCAACAACAAAAAGAAUAAGAAAAAUCUAUGAGCUUCAAGUUGUGUUUCUAUCAUUAAGACAAAAGUUAGGAAGUUUCUUCGUAAUUGGUAGAUUGUUAAAUGUUUAAUUGCUUCCAACGAUUAAUGCAUAAAUGAUACAUUUGAGUCUUUUAUUUAUCAUUGAAUGAAUUAUUUAGAAAAAAGAUUAUUAAUUAAUUAAAAAUAAUUUAACUGCAAGAUUGUUUAGGGCGAAUCAAAUUUUAUUAAAUAAUUCAAUUAAUAUUAAUUAAUAAAUAGUCAAUAAAUACCAUUGUCAUUACUUAAUUAUAUUUAUAAAACGUGACAGACGUGGAAUAAAUCUAAUUAAGAUAUUUAUUAAUUAUUUUUUAAGUAAUAGACUAUUUUUAAUCUAUACUAUUAAUUAAUAUUAAUUGUCAAUCAUUUAAGUAAUGAUGACAUAUACAGUAAAAAGCAAUUAUUUUAAAUAAAUUGAUAAUCUUCUUUCUUUAUUAAGUCGAGUGACUGUUGACAGUUGCAUCGAUGAGUGUGAUUACAAUUUACUUGUUGAGAUUCUGUAUGAGCAGUUCAUGGACAUAAAUAGUUUUGUAAAUAAAUAAGUUGAUUGCAGUUAGUAAUGGAAAAAUACCAAAUUAGCCUUACAGUCAAUUUGGCAAAUAUAUUUUUUUUCGUUUUUUUAUACAAAUAAUUGUAAAAAAAAUUUUAUCAUGCGCUGAACUUGUCGCUUAUCAUAUUGGAUCGCUUCCACUUUUAAUCUACGGUCCAUGGAAUCAUACAAAUGAGAAAAAAAAAUUUUCAUAUCUAUCAUAAAUUAUUUCAUAUCAGUCUAAUUAUUUCAUUAAAAAUGGAUAUUCACUCUAUUAUUUUAGUCAGUAUUUUAUAUUGAAUUUUCGUUUUUUGUUGUGUUUGAAUGUAAAUUCUCUUAAGAUAUGUCUUCCCGAAUUGGUUUCUAAUAUGCUGAAUUAGAUCGGCGGCUUCUAUGUUUUAAUUGUGAGCGUGCAAUCAGAAGAACUAAUUAUUGUGCCAUAAAUCCCAAAGCCGUGAGAUGUCAAAGCACCAAGUCGGUUAUUUGUAAGUCAUAACUUGAAGAGAAAAUGUUCGUACAUACUUGAAAAAACGUUUUUUAAUCGAGAACUAAACAAAUGCAAACAAAAAUAAAUAAAUAAAAAAAUUGGAAUAAAAAUACAAUGCCUGAAUUAAUUAACAUAUCGAAUUUCCCAAUAAUCUUUCAUUAAAAAUCAUUAAAAUGACCGAGCUAGAAAUUCCAAAAGGAUCGAGAGGAGAUUUUAAAAUAAUAAACAUCAAAGUGAAGCCUCGAAAAAAUUUGUAAUUCGAAUAUUUAAUAAAAAUGUAUGUUUAACACUGAUAUGUUAUUAAAUGUAUCGCGUAUUUUCACACAGCGUUUAAAAAUAUUUACAUCUAGUUAAAUCAGAGAAAUCAAGGAUUAAGUAAUUAUAUUUAAAGAAAAUUAAAAAAUAGGAUAAUAUUCAUAUUAAUUAAAAUGAAAACGGUCCGAUAUGACAAUAUUGUGUGCGGCAAAUGCCAUAAUGGAUGAAAAAAAUAAAUGAUUUAAAGCGCAUUGCUCAUCACAGCGAGCUCUGUAUAACGCUAAAGUUUCGAAUUGUCUUUUAAUGAUGUGGAUUGUUUUUGAUGAUAAGGAAUGUGUUUAGUCACUAAUAAUAAAUAUAUAAGAGUUUAUGUGACUGAUUAUCUGGUGACAACUAAUUUAUUAAAUAAAACGUUGUCGAAUUAACGAAUUACUAUGUAACGAUGCAAGAACUAUCUUAAAAAGUGAUUACUUGUGCUUGAUAAUGAUAUUUUUCAAAAAAGAAAAAUAUUAUCAGUGAGCUGGAUAAAUUGGCGCGUAAAUAAUAGAUUGAAAAACUUAUAAGAAAAGUAAAAAAUUAUUUGAAAAAUUAAGUAAAUUGAGUAAAAAUAUAAACAAUUAAAAAAUAGCGUAAAAACGUGAGAAACGGCGGGUAUAUGAAGAAAGUAAAUGAAAAAAAAAGAUAAUAUUUAAAUGUGACGUGUGUGAAUGCAUGUGUGUGUGUGUGAAUAUGCUGCCGUAAACUGCGCUUACUAAUAAUAAAUAAAAAAUUGCUCUUUGUGUAAUAAUCCUUACUUUUUAUCGUCAUCAAAAGAAAAAGUUAAAAAACAAAAAAAACAUCAAGAGAUGGAACUUUUGUCUAUAAUAAUUUUUCAAUUUACCCAUGUCUGUAAAUAUUAUGUUUUUAUAUAUACAUAUAAACGAAACUACUACUCGAUUUAAGUACAUCAAGUAAAAUUUGGGUCAUAUUUUACUGUUAGCAUCUUGCAGCGAAUGUCAUCAAUAAAAUUCAAUAACCCAUUA